AUGGCGCAAACCCUCGAGCAGCGACGUCGCAACGCCAAAUUUGCCAAGGACCAGGAGGCCCGCAUGGGCAAGUCCGGCGACCAGAUCAAGAAGCGCGAAAAGGGCGUCCAGAAGCCUUCCAUCUCUCCCUUUUGGAUCGUCCUUCUCGGCUUUGUCGUCUUUGGCGGCUUAUUCUUCGAGGUCCUCUCCCGUUGGUGGGGUCAAUAA